CCCAGCCGUUGGUGAAGGAGAACUGGAUCAUCUCCCAUUAAGUGGUAGAGAACAAAAAUGUCGGCAGUGACGAUGAAAAAUCAAUAGGUGGAUCGUGUGUGUUUGUUGUUGCGCGAUGGGCGGAGCAGAGCACUGCGGGGAUAGAGAUUGAAGUUCUUGGGGUUGGGAUUUGGCAGCGGCUGAGACGUGGUGAUACUAGGGGUGGCAGCUUCUUCUUCUUCUUCCUCACUCCCAAUAUGCCUUCCCCCACUCCCUUUCUCUCCUUCAUCCUCCUCUUAUUCUUCUUCUCGCCCCCAUCAAUCAAUGUGGUUGUCGGCGGCGGGAAUUCCGGCGAAUCGAACCCGUUCACGGCCAAGGCGUAUGCGAUCCGGUACUGGAAGACCCAGAUCUCCAAUGGGUUGGCCAAGCCAUGGUUCCUUCUCAACAAGGCGUCCCCCAUGAGCGCCGCUCAAUAUGCCAGGUUCUCUAAGCUCGCGGCCGACCCGGAGGCGCUCGCCGCCCAGCUCGCCGGGUUCUGCUCCUCCGGGAAUCUCCUCUGUUUCCCGGAUUUGAGCCCGAGCUUGGAGAAGCACAACGCCGACGUGAGCUUCGCCAAAUAUGGUGCCAAGAACUUCACCAAUUACGGGUCGGGUCGGGCCGGAGGCUUUGACUCGUUCAAGAAUUACUCCGAGAGCGAGAACAUGCCGGUCAAUUCCUUCCGCCGGUACAGCCGGAACGCCGCCGGGCACAGCGAAGGGUUUUCCAGGUACGCCACCGGCGGGAACGUGAUCGAGCAGAGGUUCAACACCUACGGAGCCAGCGCCACCGGGGGUGAUGGGGGUUUCUCCACCUACGCGCAGGAAGUCAACGACCCCAACGAGCAAUUCACCUCCUACUCCGACAACGCCAAUGGCCGGAAGCAGGAUUUCCUUUCGUACGCCGACAACGCCAACGCCGGCGACCAAGGAUUCCAGAACUACGCCAAAAACAGCAACGGCGCCGAGAAUUCAUUCGGUAGCUACGGCACCGACGCGAAUGUGGUCGGUUCCACUUUCUCCAACUACGGCCAGGCCGCUAAUGUCGACAACGAAACCUUCACCAAUUACGGAUUUAACGGAAACAAUCCCCAGAACAACUUCAAGACUUACGGCGCCGGCAGUAACGCCGGCGUAGAUUCAUUUCAGAACUACAGAGAUCAAGCCAAUGUCGGGGGCGAUUCUUUCCAAUCCUACAGAAAGGGUUCCAGUUCUGCCGAGUCUGAAUUCGUUAAUUACGGCAAAUCGUUCAACGUAGGUACGGAUAAGUUUUCCGGCUACGGAGCCCGGAAAACAGGAUUCGCCGUUUACGGCGUGAACAACACUUUCAAGGAGUACGAGAGGAAGGAGGCGGUUGGGUUUUCCAGUUACACGAACGCGAGCUCCCAGUCCACGGCGGCGCUCGCGGCGGCGGAGGGGAGUGGCAAAAAGGUAAUUAACCACUGGGUGGAGCCCGGAAAGUUCUUCCGCGAGGAGAUGUUGAAGAACGGGACGGUAAUGCCUAUGCCAGACAUUCGGGAUAAGAUGCCCCAAAGGUCGUUUUUGCCCCGCGUCAUCGCGGCAAAGCUCCCGUUCUCCGCCGCCAAGAUCGGGGACCUCAAGCGGCUGUUCCACGCCGCCGACGGCUCCGCCAUGGAGAAGAUCAUCGCGGACACGCUGGCGGAGUGCGAGCGGGCGCCGAGCCGCGGCGAGACGAAGCGGUGCGUGACCUCGGUAGAGGACAUGAUCGACUUUUCGACGAGCGUGCUGGGGCGAAACGUCGUCGUACGCACGACGGAGAACACGGAGGGAUCGAAGAGGGACAUAAUGGUAAAUUCGGUGAGAGGAAUCAACGGUGGAAAAGUCACCAGAUCCGUCUCCUGCCACCAAAGCCUGUACCCGUCCUUAGUGUAUUACUGCCACUCCGUCCCCAAAGUCCGGGUCUACGAAGCGGAUAUUUUGGACCCGAAUACCCGGUCCAAGAUCAACCACGCUGUCGCCAUCUGUCACAUUGACACGUCAUCUUGGAGCCCCACCCACGGAGCCUUUCUCUCCCUCGGGUCGGGUCCCGGCAAAAUCGAGGUUUGCCACUGGAUCUUUGAGAACGAUAUGACUUGGGCCGUUGCGGACUAAAACCCAGCCCACCUUUUCGCGUUUCAUUCGGGUCGACCCUUGCGCGAUUCAAAGCAAGAAAAAAGAAGGAUUGACCGCGGGUUCGACCCGGUUUGUCUCAUAAGCUCCCCGAGUUUACGUCUUCCAUGUCACAUUUGUUAUGUUGAGUAAUUAUUAUUUUAUGUUUUAUUAUGGUUUUAAUAUAUGGUUCUGCCACAAGAUAUUAAAGAUGAUUUCCUCUUCACAUAAUACAUUUCACUAUAUCCCCAAUUUGGGUUGGUCACUUGGGAUUUGGGAUGAGUCCUAAGUUUAUUGUAAAAAUAGUGUGAUUGAGAUUUUAAGAAUAAAAAUAUGAAAUGAUUCUACAUACGGAGUAUAUACUUUGUAUAUUCUAUUUCUUUUAAACACGAAACUUAAUUUUGGACCUG